UGAGUUAUGACUUGAUAACAUAAUGAUCAAAAGUCAAACUACUCUCUUCUUCUAGAUCUCCCUAUUUUCUCCCUGUUUUUUCAUCCCUUACAGACUACUGUAUAGAGUAUAUGUAUUGAGGAAAAGUUCCAAGCUAAGGUUAUCUUGAAAAUGGAGGGACAUCCGUAUUCACCAAAAGAUCUUCAUUUGCCAGAAUUUACCCCUAAUCUUCUUCCUGGAACAACCAUCUUUGGUAUUUUUGUUGUUGCUUCAGUCAUUGUUUUCUCCAUCUCAUGGAUUCUCUCGGGCCUAUUAUCGAAGUCAACGAAAGUGGAAAGAUUGCUCAUUUGUUGGUUUACAUUCAAUGGUCUAUUAUAUAUGACUGUUGAGUUAUAUUUGCCUCUAAGACCACAUUUUUACAAAGACAAGACUGGAUUUUACCUCGACGAAAUUUGGAAAGAAUUUAGCAAGGGUGAUUCCAGAUAUGCCAUUAUGGACUCCAAUGUUGUAGCUCUUCAAGGAGUAACUGUCUUUAUAGCAGCUCCAGCUUGUCUUUCAGCAACGUAUGCCAUAGCAACUCACAAGUCCUAUAGGUAUGUUCUUCAGUUGGCUAUAUCUUUGUGGCAAUGUUACGGUUUCACGAUAUAUUACUUGACUGCGUUUUUGGAAGGGAACCAUUUUUCUGCAAGCCCAUAUUACUACUAUGCAUACUUCAUCGGAGUCAAGUUGCCUUGGAUAUUGAUACCAUUUCUCAUAAUCAAAAGAUGUUGGAGAAAGAUAUGCGAAUAUGAGAGUAAAAAUAAGACAAAAUUCCAAUGAAGCUAGAGAUUGCUUUAGUUUUUUCUUUCUGGACUUGAUAAUUGAUAUAGAAAUCUUUGGAUGUAAAUGUUACACCAUUAUUUAUGGAGUAACAACUCAUAAAUCACCGUGUUUUUUGUAAGAAAAAUAUAAAUGACAUGAAAUAAAUGACAAAAUGACAUCAAAUUCAUGUCAUUAUA